ACUUGAUGCACAACUAGUUUGCACCCCUCCCGUCUCCUGUGUCGACAGCAGACAGAUCCUCCUCCAGCCUCUUUAAACUGCUUUCACCGCCACACAAACGACAUUUUGGGGGUUCGGUCUCUAGCCCUCCGUCCUCGCACCCCUCAUAUCUCUCUGUGUGUUUCGGAGGGUAUUUCUCCUCUGUCGGAGCGUUUGGAAUCGAAACGAGCAGACUGAGCUGCUAACGUUUCUUCAGUGGGCGGAUAAAGCGGAGGAGGGCAUCCGGGCCCGGCUGCUCCGGAGAGUCGGUUUGAAACGACGGAAUUCACCAUUUUCAGGCUGUGCACUGCCCUGCUAUGGAGAAGAUGAAGAGGAUUAAGAAGCGCCUGUCGUUAACACUCCGCCCCAGUCAGACCAUUGACGAGUCUCUGUCUGAACUGGCUGAGCAGAUGACCAUCGAGGACGGCGGCACCAAGGACAAUGAGCCUUUCAUGAGGAACGGCCGCCCCCCCACCUCGCACAGCAUGCACUCCUUCCUGCACCAGUACACCGGCUCCUUCAAGAAGCCCCCCCUCCGCCGGCCACACAGCGUCAUUGGUGGCACCCUGGGGUCCUUCAUGGCAAUGCCACGCAACGGCAGUCGCCUGGAUAUUGUACAUGAAAACCUGAAGAUGGGCUCAGAUGGGGAGAGCGACCAGGCAUCGGGAACGUCUUCAGACGAGGUGCAAUCUCCAACCGGCGUCUGUCUGAGGAGCCGCAUCCACCGGCGGAUCUCCAUGGAGGACCUCAACAAGCGCUUGUCUCUCCCUGCUGACAUCCGAAUUCCUGACGGUUACCUGGAGAAGCUGCAGCUCAGCAGCCCCCCCUUCGACCAGCCGCUCAGCCGACGCUCCCGCCGAGCCUCGCUGUCGGAGAUUGGUUUUGGCAAGUUGGAGACGUACAUUAAGCUCGACAAACUAGGAGAGGGAACCUACGCCACAGUAUUUAAAGGACGCAGCAAGCUGACAGACAACCUGGUGGCGCUGAAGGAGAUCCGGCUGGAGCAUGAGGAAGGAGCGCCAUGUACCGCCAUCAGAGAAGUGUCGUUACUGAAGGACCUCAAACACGCCAACAUCGUGACGUUGCACGACAUCGUCCACACUGACAAGAGCCUCACGCUCGUCUUCGAGUACCUGGAUAAGGACCUGAAGCAGUACAUGGACGACUGUGGAAACAUAAUGAGCAUGCACAAUGUGAAGGUUUUCUUGUUCCAGAUUUUGCGAGGGCUGUCGUAUUGUCAUAAGAGGAAAGUUCUCCACCGGGACCUGAAGCCCCAAAACCUCCUUAUCAACGAGAGAGGAGAGCUCAAACUGGCUGAUUUCGGUCUGGCGAGGGCAAAGUCCGUCCCGACUAAAACCUACUCUAACGAGGUGGUGACUCUUUGGUACCGGCCUCCUGAUGUUCUCCUGGGAUCCUCCGAGUAUUCAACACAGAUUGACAUGUGGGGUGUUGGUUGUAUAUUCUACGAGAUGGCUGCAGGUCGGCCACUGUUCCCCGGCUCUACCGUCGAGGACGAGCUCCACCUCAUCUUCAGGUUACUGGGCACACCCACAGAGGAGAACUGGCCGGGAAUCACAUCCAUCGAAGAGUUUAAGUCCUACAACUUCCCCAAAUACAAACCGCAACCGAUAAUCAACCACGCUCCCAGGCUGGACGGUGAGGGCAUCGAGCUGCUGCUGGCUUUCCUCCGAUAUGAAUCCAAGAAGAGGAUUUCAGCUGAAGAGGCGAUGAAACAUUCCUACUUCAGGCCGCUCGGGAUGAGAGUUUACACACUGCCUGAGAGUGUAUCAAUAUUCACGUUAAAAGAAGUGCAGCUGCAGAGAGACCCCGGCUACAGGAGCUCUUCAUACCCAGAGUCAGGUAACGGCAAGAUCAACAGGAGGCAGAGCAUGCUCUUCUAAGGUCUGAUGAAGAGGAUGGCCGACUGCCCAACUUCUUCAUCACUUCCCACCAACCUCUCGCAUGAGCCCACCUUCCCUGUGCGGAGUGACUCGCCCCGCCCCUCCCAACGCUCUUACCUGCACACACAUAAAAACACACACACACACACACACACACACACACACACACACUCCUCUGAAUGAGUGACUCAUGGGUUGAAUCUGUUUGGAGAUUGUGUUUAUUUAUUGGGGGGUGAAAGGAUGAGGUUGAAUUUUUUGCUGCUAAACUACUACUGUCUGUAUUUAACACACCGUGUGUGCGUGUGUAUGUGUGCGUGUGUGUGUGUGUGUGUGUAUACCUGAUGUGAACUCGAGACGCCAUGCACAGUUGAGCAGUCAGUAAGGUUACUGUUGUUUUUCUUCUGACUACGAUUCUCCGGCUUCAUUUGAGUUAAAAUUCCACUGAUGUUGAUGUUGACGCUGUGACAAGUUGUUGUUCUUGUUGUCGUGCUCGGAGACCGAAUGCUUCAGUUUUUUUCAAUUUUUUUUUUUUUUAUAUAUAUAUAUAUAUAUAUAUAUAUAUAUAUAUAUAUAUAUAUUUGGAGUUUAUGUUUUGUUUUUCCUCGAGCUUCCGUGACUGAAGUCUACAACAUUUCCAGAUUUAGAAAGACUGGGACAAAAGGUCUUGGAUGGGGAAAAAAAUAUUCCUCUGGAUUUCUCUGCAUAAUUUUUCCAAAACGUUUUAGCCAGACUGUUCUUCUAGAGGGCCUGCUGCCUCUGGGGUGGUUGCACUGAGGGUUAAAAAAAAUGGACUGCGAGGAGAUUGUGGUAACAGCUUUGGACUGUGGGUUAAAGAAGCACACACAAGAGUCCAAUCAAACUGGGCGAACAUGAGUUCUUCAGUUCUUUUGGUCAUUCUGGCUGGGACCAAAACUGAGGAGGAGGAGGGAGGCAAACAGUUGGGAAGACGAGCGAAAAGCACAGAUGAAAGAAGAGGAAUACUGGAGCUGAACAGGAAGUCACGUGAGGUCCCACAGGAAGCCAGCAAGCCUUCCCAAAAACCCUCACAAAACUGCCAGGACUUCAUUUCUUUAAAAAAAAAGAAAAUGAUGCCAGCUACACUUUCUCGCUCUUUGUGCAUUCAGAGAUCUCACUGCAGUAACUUUGUUUUUAACUUGCACUUCAGUGUGUUUUUUUGGAAUCAGGGACCCUUGGCCUCAACAAGGCCGAGUAUACCCAACAGUAUUAAGAUGUGUUCUCUGUGUCUGUGACCUUUGGCCUCUCCUUGUGAAACAACACUGUCAUUGUGGCAUGUUUUUCAGAGGGGAUCGGGGUGGGGGUAGGGGAAAUGGUUGUUUUCCACUUGGCGUCGGACCACCGCUCUCUCCAGCAUUUGUACACAAGGAAAAAAAAAAAUUUCAAAUUGAAAUGUUAGAUUUAACUGCCCGUUGUGUUGUUUGCAACUGACAGUGAUGCUACAGGUGAAGCCUGUUGAGAAUUCUCACUUUUUCCUGCAUGUUUACUGAAGCAAAUGGAAGAUCUCCUGAAAACACUUAAACACUAAAAUGUCUACUGGUGUGCUUUGCACUCCUGGUUUAAUUUAGUUGCAGUGAGUAUUUGUCUCAUUCCUGUGGACCAACGAAGAUGUAGUCACUUCAGCACUUCAGCAGUUGUGUGAUUGCAAAAAGUGUUUCAUUCACUUUAAGGAUAAGUUUGACAAUAUGCUUACUCACUUUCUUGCAAGAGUUAGAUGCCAUUCUCGCAUUGGUAGAAUGAAUAUGAAGCCAGGAGCCUGUUAGCUUAUCUUAGUAGACAAAAAUUGGGGAAACGGUUAGGCUAGCUGUUACCCCUGCCUACUAACAUCUCUAAAACUCAAAAAUUAACAUGUUAUCAUUUGUUUAAUUUGUAUAAAAGAGGAAGAGUUUUUACACUUUUUUUUGUAUGAAUUAAACAAACAAGAUGUUAUGUUGGUUAGUGAGAUGUAGAGGUGCUGUUGGGUAGAUAUUGUCACUUUCAGACAGAACCAGGAGAGCUGUUUCCCCCCUUUUGCUAGUUUUUAUGCUAACCUAACCUAACCAGCUGCUCGCUCCAGCUUAAUGUUUAUUGUACAAAAAUGACAGUGGUGUCGAUCUUCUCAUCAAACUUUCGGCAAGAAAGCAAAUAAGCCCAUUUACCAAAAUGUCAGACUGCUCCUUUAAAAUACUUUCAGAAUCAAAGGGCAAGAACUCCAGAGCUGCCGUUUUGCUCCAAAAUUCAAAAGGUCACACAGGGAAAAAUCCAUCAUGGAAAAGGCAAAGAGAGCACUUUCUACACUCACAGUAGCAAAAAAUAGAAGUGAGUGUAGUGCAUGAGCUUCUGCACUAAAUAACACUAGGAAUGCAUUGAAAAUCACAGGUUGAACACGUAAGUGUGUGAGAAGAUCUGAGGGAGAUUUUCCUGUAACUGCAGCUCUUUUGCUCAACAUCUAAAUGAAAAUGUCACAUUGUUUGACAUUUAAAGGAUUCGAGCAACACUGAAGUUCCCUGUUCCAACUAAUGCUUGAUAAACUCAAACUUAAUAUCUGAGAGAAUUAAUGUAAUAAACAUUAACUUUAUCAGUUUGCAGCUAAUAGUGUGAUGAACAUACUGUAAUUCUCAUCAUUUCAUUAGCUAUAAACCUUUGACAACAUGGAUUUAUUUCAUCAGCUCAUUAAUUGAGCUUAAAUUAAAAUUCAAUGCAUACAGUAACAUCAGAACAAAUAUAGCUGGAAGACUCCAUUAACGGUUUACAUUUCAAAUAACGUAACUAUUAUUGUGUUCACAGGAAACAAGUCAUUGUAUUAAUGGUAGACGUCCUGGACUACAUUGACCUGAUGCCACUUUUUUCUCCCUGGGUAGCUUCAAAAAGAAAACCUUUUUCUUCCCCUUACAUUUCACAUGCACUGUAUUUGCAUAUAUGGAUGCUUCACUUAAACCUUGAAAACGUUAUGUCUGCACAUUUCAGACAUGAGAAUGCAGCAUUAUUCCACUGUUAACUGCAAACUGUGUUUCUGCCAAUGGUGGCUUUUUCACAUGAACAGCAGUGACAUGCAUGAAAGGAGAUUUCUACAACGGAUAAAUAUUUAUCAUUGUAAAACUUUUUCAAGUGUAUGAAAGGCCUGAAUUUAUGUGAACAUGUUUGAACGCGUAAGUGUGUACGUGUGUCUGUGUGCCUGAUGCAUGGAAGGCCUGCUUUGUUGUGAAUUCGACCUUUGAAACACUGAGCUGCCGGUCAACAGUUGGUGUGUGACUCUUUUUACUGGAACUAUUUAUUUCUCAUAACCAUCGGAAGUAAAUUUAAUCUGUUUCAUAAACAGUCUGUGCAGCAGUCAUUCUUCGAAUGGUGAAAAGAGUAUGUAUUACCAAUUAAAAGGAAUGUAGUAA